AUGCCAUGUUGUUUUGUGUGCUGUGUUGGGGGUAACCUAAAGCACUGUGGAAAAUGCCUUCAGUCGUAUCAUCUCCAAUGCCUAGAUAAGCCCAAUAAGGAAAAGAAACACAUUGAAGUGUCCGGCACAAGACAAAUACCAAUUAAAACCAUUCCGACAAGUCUUGAUGAGGUUCCUUCCCAAAGGGAUGCAUAUGGGAAUAAGUCUAGUGGCAAGAAAGUAGGCUCAUCUUCAAAUGCUAAUGCUGGAGCAUUGGUUGAUGAUAAUAAUGUUGGGGGGAGUUCUUAUGAAGAAACUUCCCCUGAAAACUGCUCAGUAGAUCAUGAAGCAGAUUUGAAGCACUCCAGAGAGAACUUAUUGGUUUCUUAUAUUUUAAUUGCUUACUUCAUUCAUCGGGACAGUUUGAUGCAUGAAGAAGAACAACUUCAUGAUGAGGAAAAGACAGGCAGUGACGCCUUACAACAGGCUGGAGAAGUACUUGGCCAGAGUGCUCAAAGUGCAAUGGAUGUUGAAGUUCUUUGCAUGGCUCAUUUAAGAAAAAGUAGUGAUACUAGAGAUUCCUCUUUUGAAGACUAUGGUGGUUCUAAUCAUUCUGCAAAAGUAUGGCCAGCAAAUGGUUGUACAGGUGAAAGGGGAACUGGGAGGUCUGCAAAGAAACCUGAUAAAGGAAGGACUGCAAAAGAGGAGGCAUCCAAACGUGGGAAGGUCCGAGAAAUACAGAAAAAGCUAUCUUCCAUGCUUUAA